GAGUAAGAGAAACUGAAGUGUAGUUGAGCUGUUGUGUGUUUGUGUCUCUGUAUUCAUGCAGUAAAAUGGCAGAAGCCAGAAUUUCAGUGGAUCAGAAUGAGUUCCUGUGUCCAGUGUGUCUGGAUCUCCUGAAGGAUCCAGUGACCACUUCCUGUGGACACAGUUACUGUAAAAACUGCAUUACAGACUGCUGGGAUCAGGAGGAUCAGAUGAGAGUCUACAGCUGCCCUCAGUGCAGACAGACCUUCAGUCCAAGACCUGCUUUAGCUAAAAACACCAUGCUGGCUGAAGUGGUGGAGAAACUGAAGAAGACUAAACUUCAUCCUGACUGUUACGCUGGAGCCAGAGAUGUGCAGUGUGCCGUCUGUACUGGAAGAAAACACAAAGCCGUCAAGUACUGUCUGAUGUGUCUGGAGUCUUACUGUCUGAAUCACCUUGAACAACAUGAGAGUUUCUUUAAAGGAAAGAGACACAAUCUGACUGAAGCCACUGGACGACUGCAGGAGAUGAUCUGCCAGAAACACGACAAGAUCCUUGAUGUUUUCUGCCGCACUGAUCAGAAGUGUAUAUGUCUGCUGUGUAUGAUGGAUGAACAUAAAAACCACGACACUGUAUCAGCUGCAGCACAGAGGACAGAGAAACAGGUAUGAACUUUGUAC